CUGGGUAGACCUUGUCGCCAUUUUAAAUGUGGCAAAGGUUCACUUACUUCAUUUCUUAUUCCUUACACAACAUCACCCUCCUAUAAAAUGCUAUUACACCGUAAUUCGCACACGCGCAUUAUUGUAACGACUUCCUAUGUGUGUGUGAUAGAAAGAGCACGUGACAGUAUUAAUAGCGGAAGUUUCUCGCGUCCUCUCCAAUCUCGUUCUAACCAAACACUUCUCUCCAGCAAGCAUCCCAUCCAGUGAUCAAAGAGGAGAGAGAACUCAAAGGGUAAGAUGCUGAGUGCGUCCACCCCGACCCAGACGCCCCCCAGCGGAGAGGACAGUUCUGGUUCUGACAGGGGGUCAGAGGUCAGUGUUGGAGCUCCAGCCACAGAGACAGACCGCUUCGGCUUCAUCCUGGGGAAUGGAUCCACUACUGGGAGUGAAGGCCCGUCCCCUGAGCUCGUUAGACAGAGAGAGGCCAAGUGGAUCAACAUCAUAAGCCAAUGGGAUCGUGUCUUACUAAAAAAUUCCAGGAAGGUCAAAGAGCAGUGUCAGAAAGGCAUCCCAGCAUCCCUCAGGGCUAAAUGUUGGCCACUGCUGUGUGGCGCCACAGACAGAAUGCGCCACAACAAGGACCUCUAUCAGACUCUGGACUCCAGACCCGCACUACAGAGCUGGGUGGACAUUAUAGAGAGAGACUUAGACCGCCAGUUCCCCUUCCAUGAGAUGUUCCUCUCCAGAGACGGCCAUGGACAGCGUGGUCUGUUCCGGGUGCUGAAGGCCUUCACUCAGCUGAAGCCUGAGGAGGGCUACUGCCAGGCCCAGGGACCUGUAGCAGCUGUACUGCUGAUGAACAUGCCUACUGAGCAGGCAUUCUGGUGUCUGGUGCAGAUCAGUGAACAGUACCUCCCUGGCUACUACAGUCCCCUUCUGGAGGGGGUUCUCUUUGACGCAGCCAUGCUGACCAGGGUGCUGAAGAGGACGUGUCCCGCGGCUCACAAGCACCUGCAGAGACACGGCGUGGAGCCUCUGAUGUUCGCCACCGAUUGGUUGAUGUGCCUGUUCACACGCCACCUACCCUUUAACACCCUGCUCAGGGUCUGGGACCUGUUCUUCUGCUACGGAGUGCGUGUGUUGUUCCAGGUGGCGGUGGUGUUGGUGCGCAGGGCUCUGGGCCGGGUGGAGCAGAGGGAGGCGUGCGAGGGCCAGAUGGAGACUCUGGAGAGGCUGAGGGGUGUGAGGGAGCAGGUGCAGCAGGAGGACGAUACCUUCAUUGCAGAGGUGUGUUCUGUCCCCCUGUCGAGUAAGGAUCUGGAGAGGCAGACGGAGAGAGAGCUGGAGGAGUGGAGAAUGGAACGGCCCGCCUCCACCUUUGAUCCCCGGGGUCGUUGCCACGGAUAUCGGAUGGCGUGGACGAGGGUUCGAGAGAGGGAGGAGGAGAGGAACAGGAAGGAGAGGGAGAAAGGGAACCUGUCCCUCCCUCUGAUUCGCUCGCCCUCCCUCCUCUCUCUCUCUCCCUCGCUCCUCCGCAAGAAGUGGAUAAGAGGGAGUAGGACAGACAUUGGGGAGUGGGAGGGAGAAGGCAGAGAGGUGAGGAAGGUUUCACAGGAGGAGAGAAGCGAGGGAGGGAAUCUGAGAAGAAGAAGUGAGAUGGAUGGUAGUCCAGUGAAGGCUCCGGGUGUUCCAUGUCCAGCUACAGAGGACAGGGCCCCAGUGGAAACGAGAGAACCGUUAGAACACAAAGAACCCUUAGAACAGGAGGACAGAAGACAGAAAACCCAGCUGACCCCAGAACCUUCCCAGCAGCGUCAGCUCACCUCGGACCACAGCGUCACUUCACAGGGCCAGGGAGAGGAGCAUGGGGGUCUCAGCCAGACACCGGUCUCUGAGCAGCACAGCGACAGCCAGACACAGGAAACUGACCACAGUAAAGACACCAUGCAAACACAGGAAGUACUGAACAAACAGUCAACAGCGAGUGCAAAUUUCAUCACAGUGCAUAUAGUGACAGAGACAAAGGGUGAGGCAGAGAAAAGCAAGGAGACAGAGACAUGUGCAGGAGCAAUGACAGAGGAAACUGCUCCACACACAGACCUGAAGACAUACACAGAAGAGGAAACUGCUCCAGACACAGAACUGAAGACAUACAUAGAAGAGGAAACUGCUCCAGACACAGAACUGAAGACAUACACAGAGGAGGAAACUGCUCCAGACACAGAACUGAAGACACACCCAGAGGAGGAAACUGCUCCAGACACAGAACUGAAGACAUACACAGAGGAGGAAACUGCUCCAGACACAGAUCUGAAGACAUACCCAGAGGAGGAAACUGCUCCAGACACAGAACUGAAGACAUACACAGAGGAGGAAACUGCUCCAGACACAGAACUGAAGACAUACAUUGAAGCAAAGACAGAGGAGGAAAGAGUGACAGAGACCUACACAGAUGUAGAGAUUCAGAUAAGAGCAGAAGCCAAGACAGAGGGGGAAAUGGAGGUACAGAAAGGACUACACACAGAUAAAAGUGUAGAGACCGAGACGGACAUGGGGUCAAAAGAGACAGCGACUCAAACAGAUGUGAAUACAGACUCGGAGACAGACACACAACAAGAGGCAGAUGUUAACUUGGAGGCAGAAACAGACACAGGCUCACUGACCGAGAGAGACAAAGGCACUGGCACAGAGACACACACCGACAAGGAGAUACAGGCUCGUACAGAGAUCCAGUCACACAAAGGGACGGAGACACACACAGAUGAAAAAUCUGAGGCAGAGAGAGAAACGGCGUUAGAGGCACAUACAGAACCAGAGACGCAGGAAGAAAAUGAGUCAGCGAUGCACAUAGAGGCAGACACAAGAGUAGAGGCAGAGUUGGGGUCACAGAUUGAGGCAGAAACACAGACGGACAAAGAAUCAGAGAUACGGGUAGCUGUAUACAUAGGGAUUGAGACGCGCACGGAGAAAGCCACUGACACAAACACAGGGACAGAGACGACCAUGGAGUCUCCACAUGACAUUCAGAGACGCACAGAGACAGAGGUACAGUACACAGAGCCCUCUAGCACAAUAGCAGCCAAUCAGAGCCAGGUUUCUCCAGAGUUGACAUCCACUACUGAGCCUGUGGAGGAGAGGAACUCAUCAGAACAGAAGCUUCCUGAAAAACCCCAGAGUCCAGUCACCAUCCGUCCAGAUCAGGAGACCCAGAAAGUCAGGGAGAGUGAAGGAGAGAAAGAAAAGAAAGCCUCAACUGACAUCCUUCCACCAUUACAUCAGGGGGAAUCACUGACAGGUGACUUCCCUCACAUACCUGACAACCCAAAGUCACAAAGUCAGAGUGAGUCUCCCCCUCCUGCAGACUCAAAGGCUGACUCUGGCAACUCGGUGUCCACACAAAUUGAUGUCUCGUCCCAAAGGACUACGCCCUGUGAUGGACCGUGGGCAACCCCUUCCGGAGACUUCCGGCUCUGCAAAUCCUCCAGCUCCCGGAGGCUCACCCGCAGGCUCUCUGAGGAUCUCUUCACUAAACCCAACCAAUCACAACCCACCUUCACACAAUCCAAUCAAUCAAAUAUAGGCUUCAUUCAGUCCAAUCAACCACAACCCACAUCUCCCAUUCAGGUACCAAAGUGCCCAGAAUCAUCCAAACGGGUGACAGGGAGCAACCCGGACACUGUCCCACCUCAGACUGGGCCGACCGACACCCCCAGGCUAUUUGGUCUCUUCCGCAGGCUCAAAGGGGAGCAACCAAGGCAGGACAAGGAGAAAGGGGAGCACAAAGUCCCCAUUCCCCAAAUCCUGAUCCAGGACUUCAGUGAUGGGACGGGUGAGGGGAGCACGGUCAGGGGGGAGGAAGAGGAGAACCUGAGCUCCAGAGAGAGGAGGAGGAGACGGAGGGAGCAGGAGAGGAGGGAGAAAGAGGAGGAGAAGUUACAGAAGAAGAGGGAGAAGGAGUUAGAGAAAGAGAGAAAGAGGGAGAGGAGGAAGCCUCAGACGAGGGGGAAGAGUUUUCAGGUGCUACACAGCAGUGUUCCCCUCCCUGGAAACAGUGGCUCACAGACAUUUGGUUCCAAAAGAAACUCAACUCCAUCUAUGGAGACAUACUUUUAACAAGCAAGGAAAGAAAUCGACAUUCUAAAAGUUUUUACAAAAAUUACCCAUAAAACAUCUCAUCCAAGUGUAGACUUGAAUUUAAAAAAAUAAAUAAAACCAUUUAUAUUUUCAAACUCA